AUGAUUUUGCUCUAUGAUUUGUUUAGACGUGCAAAAUUCCUGGCUGAGCUCAAGGCAAUGGACUGGAUCAUUCCUUGGGAAUCUUUGCAGGAAUCAAAGAAUAAACACAUACUUCGCAGGUCGCGUCGCAUUUCUGCUGGACAAAAAAGCGGUGAGGGUGGCGGUGGUGGCGAGAGUUUUGCCGGUGUUGGUACCGAUCUUAAUGGCAGUGGUGGCCGUCCGAGCCUGCCUGGAUGUGCAGCCGUAGAGCAAGGAGGUCUGGCGGCUUCAGGCACCUUGCCUCUGACUAACUCUGGCACUCGUUCGAUCAUAAAGGGUAUGCUUUUUUGCAUCAUAUCUGUUUGCUUUAAUGGUUGA